UAUAUUAUAUGGAUAUGGAAAAGUAAAUCGCAGUCUCUCGUCGCGCUGCACCAUUACACACACGUAUACCUGUCUAUACGUGUAUGCGUGCGAGCGCUAUACAUGUAUAAGGUAUUACAUUUCAUCGGAACUCGGGCGAGAUUGGCUGGCUGGUGCGCGGAAGAGAAACAAAGAAGCCGCCGCCGCGCGGCUUUCUACAUAUACAUACAGGCAUAUUACCUACGCAGCUGAAGCUUUUAGCGUCCCGGCGUCCGUGCCGUGCAGCACACAGAGCAUAAUAGCAUCGCAUAUAAAACACAUAUACACGCACCGGAGAUAUUCGUUGUCCUUUUUUUUUCGGAGCUCAGUUCUCGACAUCUCGGCAGCGGAGGUGAACAGAAGAGGAGUAUUGUUAUACACGCAGCACCGGCGCGCGAACCCGUGGAGAUAAUCGUCCGUUUAUAGUGCAGCGUUUUUAAUAAUAAUUUUAUACGUAAACAACAAAACGUCAAAAUGCAGGGAACGAUCAUCGAGAAUCUUAGCGGCAAAAAAUUGUCCGUGCUCGUCGCUCUGCUCGUCGUCGCACAAAUUGUAUCGUUUCUCAUCGGUGGUCUCGUUGCACCCCCUCCAUCGAAUAGUCAAAAUAUGUUAGGAACUGCAUGUAGAGAUAAACUCAAUGUGAAUGGAACACCACCAGGCUUGGAUGAUUGGAUGUACUUCAGACCCCCAGGAAAAUGUGUACAUGUUGAUACUCAUGAAAUGAGUGAGACAAUCAUACCGUUAGUUUAUGUUUUUCAGAUGCCAACACCAAGAAAUGGUAAAUUCUUAGACUAUUCUCGAUGGCAACAUAGCUUAAUUGGAGUUUUACAGAUUGAAGUAAUGUAUCACAAUCAUAUUGUUGUUCCUCCAAUUACAAAACUGACUAUAGAUGCAAGACUAGCUUACAGAAAUAAAGGUGAUCCUGAAGAUGAAUGGAAACAUUAUGCUUCUUCGAUUGUGGAAAGAAAUUUGGAGUGCACAAUAGACAAUGCCAGAGAAGAGUAUAAUUAUAACUGCAGUACAUUAUCACUAUUCGAACUGGGUUCUGUAUUUCAUGAUUAUUACUUGCUGAAUAUUCGUUUACCAAAUGAUCCUCUUAAAAAGACCAAUCAAGAUUUAGGACACAUUACUGACUUAUGUGUUACAGUCAUUAACCAAAAUGGAGGAUUCACAAAAGUUUGGGUAUCUCUAAAAACGGUUUCUUUCCCAAUUACUUUAUUAGUACUGUGCUGGUAUUGGAGAAGAAUACAUAUGCUGUCUAGAUCACCUGCACUUUUAGAAUACAUGUUACUAGUACUUGGAUGUGCUCUUAGUCUUCUCAAUAUGCCAUUGGAAUAUCUUACUUUAUUAUUUGAUAUGCCAUACAUGCUUCUAUUAGAAGAUAUUAGGCAAGGUAUAUUUUAUGCGACGCUUUUGUCAUUCUGGCUUGUGUUUGCUGGAGAACAUCUCAUGGUUCAGGAUGGCGAUCAAAAGACAUCACUCAAAGGCUAUUGGCGUCAUUUAUCAGCCGUCGGAGUCGGAUGUUUGUCGCUGCUCUUUUUCGAUAUGUGCGAACGCGGUGUACAAUUGCGAAACCCAUUUUAUUCAAUCUGGGUGACCAACAUAGGAGCCAAAUUAGCAUUAUCAUUCAUCAUUUUAGCUGGAGUUUCUGCCGGAUCAUACCUUUUAUUCUUAACUUAUAUGAUUUACAAAGUAUUCACUAAUAUAAGUAUUAAAAGAGCUGCUCUACCAAGUAUGAGCUCUGCCAGACGUUUACACUAUGAAGGUGUAAUUUACCGUUUUAAAUUCUUGAUGGUCGCCACCCUAUUGUGUGCAUCAUUGACAGUCAUUGGUUUUAUUCUUGGACAAGUUGCUGAAGGACAGUGGAAAUGGGAUCAAGACAUCGAAUUAGAAAUGACUUCAGCUUUCUUUACUGGAGUUUAUGGAAUGUGGAAUAUUUAUACUAUAGCACUUCUUUGUUUAUACGCGCCAUCACACAAACAAUGGCCAGUCGAACCUUCUGAAAACAGCGUCAGCGAAGAAAUUGAAUUUUCAAGGCUUCCAACAGAGCCCAAUGAAAUGCUGUCACUGACAGCUUUCUCCAGAAAAACGGCUAUAGAUUAGAUAAUCCAUAUUUAUUGGCAAUAUAUCAUCGAAUCUUAGAAUAUUUAUGCAGAACUUCGGAGAUUUUUGAAGAAUAUAUUCCAACCAUUCCAUUGCUAUCUUUUCUUUCGAAAAAAUUCAUGUAUUUAUACUGUGCAUCUAGUAUUACUAAAGGCAGUUUUCGUUGUAACUGUAUCAGUAGAUUAUAUAUUUAAGAGUCAAUAAGUAGCAAUCAAAAAUUGAAUAACGAUUUUAUUUCGAGAAGACGCAGCAGUUAUCUGUAGAAGAAUAAAAAGAAUACCGAUGAUAAACAAAACAUUUGGAUACAGCUGCGCGAGAUCUCUGAAUGAAAUAUUAUUCAACAUAUAUUUUAUAAGAUUUAUUAUAUUAUAUAAAUGUGCAAAUGUGAUUAGCCUAUCCAAUAAUCGAACAAAUGAACUGGCCAAAACAAUAUGUGUUAUCAAACAACGACUGAAGUAUUUGAGAACCAAUUUCAAAUACUUGAAUAUAGAUAUUAUAAUAAUUAAUCUCAAAUAACAAUAGUCUGCCCUAGCUAUUAAGAAUUGUAUUGUAUACUGAAAAUAAUUCAAUGUAACUUUUUUUACAUUAUGAUUUUUUAAAUUUUGCCAUAUUGAUAACGAUCUUUUGUACAACCUGCAAAGAAAAAGUUUUAACGCGAUGCGCAAUAUAUUCUAUUUUACCAGACUGCAGUCAAGAUAACGCGAUCGCUUUUACAAGCGAGUCGUUUCGCAAAAAAAAAGUAUUAGUACUUAAGUGUUUACUACGAAAUACUGAUAUAAUGUAGCUUGUAGAUACAACUUUUUUUUUUAAUAUUACAACUUUUAU